UGUUCGUGCGUCUAGCCUUGUGCGGGAGAGUCGAGUUCGCUUCGGCGGGUUUCAGCUCACAGACGCCGAAUUAGUGGCCGACUCGGAGGUCUUUACUGCAUGACUAGAGUACACUAAGUGGCGUGGACUCGGCAAGGGAGGAACAAGGUAUGUUUGUUGAUGGUGGUUGUGCUAGACGGGAGAUGGAUAGGUCCGUCUCAGUCGUCCGUGGUCCGGUUCCGUGUACAGCGUGCCGGUCCGCUAGCUCUUGCUCAGUUCCACUAUCAAGGACUCCCCCAGAUCAGCCUUAUGCAAAUACGCCAACACCAACAAUUCGGCCGGACGCAAUAGCUAACCGUAAGCGUUACCAUCCGCCCAAACCAACUAUUAUCUACCACUUGUUGACUACUACUACUCCUGUACUAGUCGUGAUUGAAUUCAGGCAUAUGUACAGAGUUUCCUGUAUACCGUGAUGAUUGUCUGCCUCGACAGGUAGUCAGUCCAGCUAGUGGAGCGUAGUCAGAAAGGGCAGAAAUAGAUGCGAGUCCCUCGAUGCAAUAGCAAUAUC